UAAUUUGAUUGCUUCUUUUUUUAUUAUUGAGUUUUGAAUGUUUUUUAGAUACAGAUCUUUUGUCAGAUAUGCAGUUUGCAAAUGUCUGAAGCUUAUCUCAUCUGUCCUGUCAGAAUUGUCUUCGAAAUAUUUAUUAUGUAGUAGAUACUUGACCAUUACAUGAAAGAGCGAGAUGUCAAAAUAACCUUUGGACUAAAACUUUAUUUACGGUCAAAAUUUAUGUAGAUUAUAAGGUAGACACAAUAGUGGAGUGUUUGCUGUUUCUUUUAUGAAUGAUAGCCCGAAAUGAAGAAAAAAUGAAUGAUCUUAAUAGCUUACCUGAUUUAUAUUUGAUACAAAGAGGCAGAUUAGAUACCUGCCUUGGAACUGUGGACAUUUAUUUAGCUUUUCUGAGUAAUGCUUUCUUAAUUCAUGAAGUGGAUAAAAAUAUCUUUUAAUUCUAACAAUACUGUAAGAUAACUAAUAUAGUUCUACAAAAUAAAACAUACUGCAAAAGCCUUUUCUCUUUUUUACAUUUUAAUUAGCCUUAUUUUCUAGGAGACAAUUAUUACAUAGUUCCUUGUGAUUUCAGAUUUUGGCUGAUGGUGAAGAGCAUCAUAAACCAGCGUUGAGGAUAUUUUAUGUUGCUAAAAAGGUUUUUUCCCUCUCAUAACACUCAUUAGGAAAAAUAAAAACUUAAAUGGAAUAAAAUAAAACUUUAUACAGAAAAGACUGCUAAAAGGUAUCCUAAGGCAGCUAAGAAGACCACUUUUCUUCUAAGAAAGAGGAUGCUAUUAUUUAAUUUUCAAUUAGGAAGCCUGGAGCCAGAGGACUUUUGGUGACUGAGGACUAGGACAAUACUGCCUGCUCAGGAUUUGAAUUUGCUGAAAUGAGCAGUCGUAAAUCAAAGAGUAACAACUUAAUUCACGCAGAGUGCCUUUCACAGGUACAAAGAAUUUUACGUGAAAGAUUUUGUCAUCAGAGUCCACAUAGUAACCUGUUUGGAGCGCAAGUACAAUAUAAACACUUAAGUGAGCUGCUAAAAAGAACUGCUAUCCAUGGAGAAAGUAACUCUGUACUCAUUAUUGGACCCCGAGGAUCAGGAAAAACUAUGUUAAUAAAUCAUGCUUUGAAAGAACUCAUGGAAAUAGAAGAAAUGAGUGAAAAUGUAUUACAAGUUCACUUAAAUGGACUGCUUCAGAUCAAUGAUAAAAUCGCCCUAAAGGAAAUCACAAGGCAGUUAAAUCUGGAAAAUGUAGUUGGAGAUAAAGUUUUUGGAAGCUUUGCUGAAAACCUUUCAUUUCUUCUGGAAGCUUUAAAAAAAGGUGACCGAACUAGCAGUUGCCCAGUGAUCUUCAUAUUAGAUGAAUUUGAUCUUUUUGCUCAUCAUAAAAACCAAACACUUCUCUAUAAUCUUUUUGACAUUUCUCAAUCUGCACAGACCCCAAUAGCAGUUAUUGGUCUUACAUGUAGAUUGGAUAUUUUGGAACUCUUAGAAAAAAGAGUGAAGUCACGAUUUUCUCACCGUCAGAUACACUUAAUGAAUUCAUUUGGUUUUCCACAGUAUGUUAAAAUAUUUAAAGAACAGUUAUCUCUACCUGCAGAAUUUCCAGAGAAGCUUUUUGCUGAGAAGUGGAAUGAGAAUGCUCAGUGUCUCUCAGAAGAGAGAAGUGUGCAGGAAGUACUACAGAAGCAUUUCAAUAUCAGCAAAAACCUGCGGUCAUUACACAUGCUAUUGAUGCUUUCUUUAAAUCGAGUAACAGCAUCACACCCAUUUAUGACUGCUGUAGAUCUAAUGGAAGCAAGCCAGCUGUGUAGCAUGGACUCAAAAGCAAAUAUUGUACAUGGUCUAUCAGUCUUGGAAAUCUGUCUUAUAAUAGCAAUGAAACAUUUAAAUGACCUCUAUGAGGAGGAGCCAUUUAAUUUUCAAAUGGUCUAUAAUGAGUUUCAGAAGUUUGUUCAAAGAAAAGCGCAUUCUGUUUAUAAUUUUGAAAAACCUGUUGUCAUGAAGGCUUUUGAACACUUGCAACAAUUAGAAUUAAUAAAGCCCGUGGAAAAAACUUCAGGAAAUUCACAGAGAGAGUACCAGCUGAUGAAACUGCUUUUGGAUAAUACUCAAAUUAUGAAUGCUCUGCAGAAAUAUCCCAACUGUCCUACAGAUGUGAGGCAGUGGGCAACAUCCUCACUCAGCUGGUUAUGAAUAUCACCAGUGACUUCAACUUUGGCACUUCAUUCAUACUUCUCUAGAGAAUGAAAAACUAUUGUCCUUUAACAUGAUAUGCUAAACAUUUUAUAAAUAUUUUUGUACUUAUGUGAGA